AUGAUCUAUUCGACCUCGAUCGUCCGCCUAGAUGGUGUGUCGGCCAUCACUUUCGCCGCAUGCCUUGACAGCUGACCGGCGACCAUCUAGGCCUCACACUCGUCGCCAGCGUAGACGAUCAGCAGAUGCAAGACCUGGGAGAGGUCAAGAACCAAGUUCGACAGGUCGUGAAGAAGAUCACGCCCCAAUCAGAGCCGCGAGCCUCGCUGGAAGGAGCCAAGCAUACGAUACAGUACGCGCCCAGCGGGCUCCCGCGAACCUUCGUCGUCGGAUGCUGACUCUCGUGCGCCGCAGCUACGUUCUGAACGACAAUGUCGCCUACAUCGCCAUCACCGAACGUAGCUACCCCAAAAAACUCGCCCUGACCUACCUCGAAGACAUUCGCGCCGAAUUCCAGACCUCGUACAGGCGCGAAGCAUACCUCGACCCGCAACUGCGACCGUACGCAUACUCGGAGUUUGACCGCUUCAUCGAGAGGACAAAGAAGACAUAUCAAGACUCCCGGGCAACGGGCAAUCUGGGACGGCUCAACGAUGAGCUCAAGGAUGUUACCCAGGUCAUGACCAAGAAUAUUGAGGACUUGCUGUACAGAGGCGAUUCUCUGGAGAAGAUGGGUGCGCACACGCCGAGCAUUAGAAAGCAACGGGAUGAGAGAGACAACGGAAACACUGACAUACCUUGUGCGCAGGCGACAUGUCCUCAAGGCUUCGCGAAGACUCAGCCAAGUACAAGCGAGCUGCCGUACGGAUCAAUUGGGAGCUUCUCUUGAAGCAAUACGGGCCUUUCGGUGCACUUGGCCUGGUAAUACUGAUUCUUCUGGUCUGGCGAUUCUGGUAG